AUGGACACUUACGCUCAUAAUUAUAAGUAUUUUGCUGAUUAUAGUAUUGAUGAGUCCUCAGAGGAGUCAGACUCAAGUAUGUCAUCUGAAAGUGAUGAAGACUUCGGGUUUCCAUUGGAAAGAUACUAUACUGCUGUUACUAGUUUCUGUGAUUUUGAAUUUCUGUCUCCAAGUACUGAAACUAAAGUUUGGCUGCCAAUUUCAUCUACCAACAGCAUUACUGUCUAUACCCAUCCAAAUCAUCAAACUCCAUUUCUCAUACCUUGUCUAGCUAAAUUUGUUUUACUUACUGUUGAAUGGAUAAGAUUAUUUUUAAGAGAAGUUAGUGAAUCAUUUGAUACCGUGACUAUAUUAUUUGACAUGACGGGAUUUUCAUUGUUAAAUGCUGAUUAUGUCACGGUUAAAUUCUUGGCUGAAUGUUUAGAGGCUCAUUAUCCUGAAAGUUUAGGUUCUAUUUUGAUUCAUUGUGCCCGAUGGAUCUUUUCAAGUAUUCAUUUCACUAAUGAAUUUGAUGAGUUGACAAGAUUUAUUGAUCCGGUUUAUAUUCCUGAUUAUCUCGGCGGAGAAGAUACUGAAAGGGGACAUUAUACACCACCUGAAGAAUUUGAUGACCAGCCUAUGAAACGCAAGGAUGAGAUAUUUAGACAAUUGAAAAGAGAACGGGUUGAAUAG